CUGUUCAGAACGGAGGACUUUAUGAUAUCUACAUCUGCAACUUCAGCCUAAGUUUCUUCCCAUUUGAUGUUCAUCUUUGCACCAUAGAAAUUACCCUCCUCAACCAGGGCUCAUUAAAAGCUUACUUCAAGAAGAGAAACCAGCACUCACUCGAGAGCACUGUUGGCGCCUUCAGUGUUUCUGUUAUGCAAAUCACCAAUAACACGAACGGCGAUUCCUUUCACCUCAAGUUCCUCGUCAGUCGCAAUUUCGGAGCCUACGUCUUGACUACUUUCCUGCCAGUAAUGAUUCUCGGUUUGACGGGAGACCUUUCACACCUGUUCGAGUCGACGAAUUUCUCGGACCGCGUCAUGCUGACACUGACGGCCUUCAUAGUAGCAGCGUCCCUGUUCGCUGCGGUAUCUGGGACCAAUUCGGGAACCACAGAAGUGAGAGCUCUCGACGUUUUCUUCUUCUACUAUAUCUUCCGCCUCUUCAUGAUCGUCGUCAGCCACACCUUGCAAGGAAUCAUGUUGAGGAAGGUUCACCAGCAGCCAACUGGUGACGAGAAACUGCUAGGGAAACAUGCUCUCGCAGAAGUAGACCCGAAAGGGUACUUGAAGUCCGCCAAGUUUAGCGAAGAGUUAGAUGAUGCACCAUCGACGCCAGUCUACAUCCCGCUCAAAACAGCGGGCAAAGAAAAGCUACUCGGGCAAGCCUGGGCUAUUCAGCCGACGACGGAGAAGAAGAGAGUGGAGGCGACACCAAGUCGCUUUUGGGAGAACACAUUCGACAAGAUUCUUUUAACUCUCGGCAUCGUUUUAGACCUCGUCUUCUUGGGUUUGUUUGUCGCAGUGGUCAUAUUCGGAAUGGCAGGUGUUCGGGAGAAAUUUGAUAACAUGUAGAAGAGGGACCAUCAGCAGCUUAAAUCACCUGUACCCUGUGGUGGUAGUACUAUCACCACAGUACAUUCCUCCUGGCCACCCAUUUGCGUAGGACUAUCACCACAGUACCGAAGCACCUCUAUUGUGAUCCUAUUAACUCAUGAUGUCCUUAAUUGCCCAGAUUAGUUCAUCAACAACCGCUUCCACAAGCAUUCCCAACCUUAAAGUACCACUUUUUUACAGUAGCAUCAUUCAGUGCUCUCUCUCCCCUCUUCUCUAAAUUGAAACCAGUUCCUCCACAACCCAAGGGUUACAUUCACUAUAGACACCAUAUUCCCAUUUGCAUCUUUGUCCUCAGAUCCCUUUGUUUUAAAAGCCUUUCCCUUUACAUUUCCUUAUCUGAAGAACAAGUGGUUAUUCUUCUUUUUCUCUAUAAUAUUAUUCCUGUGUACCUUAUCUAUCCUGGAGUAUGCCUGCACAGACUCAGCCUACAGCUACAGGUCGGCUCACCAGAAACUCUCCAGGUACCAUGUUUGUGUUGUAAUUAUGGAGUUGAUGCUGGAGAAGUGAAGACAGAGAAGUGUGUGUGUGUGUGUGUGUGUGUGUGUGUGUGUGUGUGUGUGUGUGUGUGUGUGUGUGUAGUACUACCUUACGAGCUACGUUACGGUUCUAAUAAAAGAAAAUCAUAUAUAAUCACCCAGAAAUUUUAAAAAACUGGGCAAAGUGACAUUCACCUAUGAAGUUUAAUAAAUUGGCAGCAAUAUCUUCUAUUGGAAUGUCUGAAAAAGUAGAGAAAAAUACAGAUGGAUUUCCUCCUAAAACUGCAAAAUAAAUAGAUCAGCAGUAAUGAGUAUCUCUGAAAAAAAAUAAAAAAAAUAAAAAAAAGUCUUUUCGCCAACAAAAACAAACAGUAAACGGUGUAAUAGCAAAGAAAACUCAAUUCUAAUAAAUAUGAAACAUGAAACUAUCAACUAUGCACUGACGAACGUAAGCAGCAUAUGAGCUCAAUAGACACUAAGGAAUCGUAUCCUACAUACAUGAGGUAGAACUUACAGGAUCGUGGCCUGUCUGUCGUAUCCAGUACGAAACACAAUAAUAAUUGGUUACACCUAUACAUUUACGCACGAUGCAGUGCUAGUGCAAUAGCUCUGAACUGAACGUUAUACCACGACGUUAUAUAACGUCUUGCACUUAGG